AUGCCAAGCGCAACAGGUGCUGGCGAGAAGCCAUCCAACCCAACUCCAGACUCUUCCACCCCAACCUCCAGCACUGCCCAAACAUCAUCAAAUAUCACCUCGCCCACGAAGACGGAGGCCGAGGAAGCCGCAGAUAGGUUGUAUGAGGAGAGGAUCGAGGACGAGUAUGCGAAGAGAGAGGGCGACAUUAGGGAGGAUCAUAGUGAUGUACUUGAUACCUCUUCGUCGUGGGGAAUUUGA